AUGAUGGAUGAUUACAUUACUCAAAACCCGAAAUAUUUGCAAGUGCAAAAAGAGUGCAUAGAACAAUAUCGAAAUAAACGCGUAAGCCUAAUAAUAUUUGAAUUUAUAUAGAUACCUAUACUUUUUUUAGGAUUUUUAACGAAAAUCUAUAUUUUUAGUACUCGAUUUCACCGUAUCGUCAUCCGUUAAAACCCAAGCAUUAUACCGAUAAAAAAAAUACGACGUGCAGAGACAAAAGUAUAACAAUCAGCAUAGGUGAUGUGAUUUUUCCGGAUAAAUCGACAGAGAUAAACUGCAGCACUGGGAUUGUCGAAGACGAAAAUAAAACCACCGCAGAAUUUUGUACAAACAUUUCUAAAAGCGGUUUCGGAAUCGGUGAACAAUCGAAUCGAAAGUCAGUAAUGGCGAAAAAAACAUUUUUUUUUUUGAAGUCUAAUACUUUAUAAUAUAUCUUCUUCUUUCUAUCCUACGCCUUAAUUCCAACAGUUUUGGGUUAGCCAACCUCGUUUUAAACAUCCAUUUGACCCGAUCUCCUACCUCGCAUACACUGGCUAUACUAAUAGGAGUUAGUAAAUUGCGUCCCAGAAAAGAGGUCAUAGCCAUAUACUUUGUAAAUUGCAGCUUUAUGUCAUAUGUAUAUUUUAUACAUACGUAAAUUUCAGCCUGGGUGUAUUUUGUACAGUAUAUGCCUAAAUAUUUUUUAUUGAUACGUUAAAUUCGUCUAAGGAUUUUUUUGCAAAAUCAAUAUUUUCUUUCCCAUUUUACAGAUUUAGGAAUAGCAAUAUAAUUGUAUUAAUAUGUAUAUAAUGUAUGUAUGUAUAAUUGUAUGUAUGUAAUUACAAUUGUAUGGUUAAAAAUAUUGCUUAUGCUUUUUUUUUGAGUACCUUUAAAAAUAUAUUAUUAAAAGUUAGUAAUAAUAUGUGUCAGGUAAAAAUGUGUUUAAUUAGUUCGCUUUUCUUAAAAUUCAUUUUUAUUAAAUAAAAUAAAAUACACCCAAAGCUACGACCAAAUGGACACAGGCUCCUAGUAAUAUUAUAUUAGUGAACAUAUUAUUAUCUGCAUUGUAGGUUACAACUAAACUUUAGAUUGUACAUCCGAUAGGAAAUUGGAAUAUCUGGGCUACAAUUUAUGUACAUUUCAAAAAUACUAGUCGAUUGUACAAUUUAAAGAGUAUCUGGUAAUACUCUACAAUAUAGAUAAUAUUACAUAUAUUUAAGUAUUUAGGCAUGUAUACAAAAUAUAUCCGGCCGCAAUUUACACACAAAAUUUAAAUUGGACGCAAUUAACAGCGACCUAUCCUAAUAUCAUUCACAAUCACAUCCAACCACCUCUUUUUCAGUCUUCCUCUCUAUCUCUUUCUCUCUACGUUUAUUUUCAAUACAACUCUAAUUACUGCUUCAGAUUCCUGUCUCCCCAUAACAUGUCAAAACUAUUUCAGUCUAUUUUCUAUCAUUUUGUCUACUAUAGAAGCCAUGCUUAAGCAAAUUUGUAUGUACUCAUCCCUUAUCUUGUCUUUUCUCAUCACUUCACUUAUCCACUUAUAAGCAUUCUCUGUUCUAUUUUUCUUGUCUACCGCCUACCACUCCGGAUUAUACAAUAUAGUCAGUCUCACCAUAUAUUUGUGGAACUUAAUUUUAAGUCUAAUUGAAUUUUUUUUAUUAGUUAUCACAUUAUUUCCAUUUUAUUCAACGAAUCCCAUUAUGUUAUACGCCCUUAUAAAAGCCACCGUUCUUUUGAACACAAGAUCCUAGGUUAUUCAUUAUAACCACUCAUUUCCAUUAGCUGUCUUGUUCUGUUCCUCCAACCUCAUACCCUAUUUUACUUCAAAUUAUCUCAUAUCUAUUAUAGGUAUAUAUUUUUGUAUUUGAUUCCACACUAAAAUGUGAAGAAAAUAGUUUUAUAAAAAAAAAAUAUUUGUAACAUAUUUUAGGGGCUACCUUUCACUUAUAUUUUAUCUUUAUUUCAUAGUUUCACUUAGUUAAUUUAUAACAAAUUAUAUUAUAUUAGUCCUAUUUUAUUUAGUUAGUUUAUAAUAAAUUAUAUUAUAUUAGUCCUAUUUUAUUUAGUUAGUUUAUAAUAAAUUAUAUUAUAAUAGUCCUAUUUUAUUUAUACUAACUAAAUUCAUAAUGAUGAUUUAUUUUCGAAUUAAAUAAAAAAUGUCUAAAAGAAUGCAAAACUCCGAUUUUAAAUACAUUUUGACUUCGGAUUUCAAAAAUCCGGAUUAUCGAACUUCGGCAAUCUGUAUUUUUUCCACCACUAAUAGGUACACGGCGAGUUUUGAUCCGGAAUAUCGGUAUGGAAAGAGAUCAAAAUACACACCGAUUACAUCGUGUUUUCAAGAUUCUAACGUGCAGGACAUUCAGAAAAAGCAAUCUAAUCGACAGAUAUCGCUUCCAAAACAUAUAAACGAAAAAACUACAUUUGGCCACAAAUAUAAAAGUUUAGAAAAAUAUUCACUUUAUUAAAUAUAUACCUAAGUAAACUAUAUUGUAUUCAUUAUUUAUUACGCCUAUAUACUUUUCAGUGGAAUGUUGUUUCGACGAUGUUAUUUUUCCGAAAAAAGUAUUCGGGCGUUGCAUAAAAGACGGAGCGGAAUUGUAUAAGAUCUCUCAUCGCGCUUAUGAGACCGGCGAGACAUUAAAUCGAAAGUUAUUAAUUUUAAUUAUAAAAAAAAUAAUAAUAAUAAUUUUAACUCUUUACGGAAAUUACGGAUUCAGGUACACGGCAAAUUUCAAUCCAGAUAAUCGAUACGGCAAGCGUGAAAAAUAUUUGCCGCCUGGAGUAUGGUAUAAAUGGCAUGUCAAAAGUAAAAGCAGUUGGACCGCUGACGAUAAAAAAACUAUUUUUGAAAAUUAUCUCAAUCGCUUAUUAGAAAGGUAUAAUAAUAUAAUAAAUAUUUAUAGUACGAAAUAAUAAAUACAAGUUUAGGUGUAAACAGUGAAGUAAUGAAAGUUUUUGAAACAGUUUCUUCGUCAUGAAAUAGUUUAUAACCAAAACGUGUACUGAUUAAAUUAGUUAAUUAAGUCGUAACCAAGAUUUAAUUAUAAUAAGUUGAUAACAUAAAUUCAUUCAUAAUAAUUAAAGUUUUGAUAAGUGUUUAAGUGUUAAUUAAAUCACAAUAUUUCAAACAUUUUAAAAUAGUUAUUUCAAUAAUGCAAUACCUAUAUUAUCAAGUAUAUUAGUGGUUGUUGGCUAAAAUAAACACGGUCAUUGAGAGGGGCGAUAUGGACAGACUAAUCUAUGUCUUAAAACUAAUCACGGACAUAAUACCUUUAGAAUAGAAAACAACGAAUGUAUACGAUAUCCCUACAUUGAUGAACAUCAAGGAAAAUCCACGGGCAGACCGUAUUUUGGAGCUGUCAGUAUUCUCACCAGAAGUUACCCGAACGAAAAAGAGUUUGAGUUUAACGAAUGUCUAUCGACAAUUAAUAAAAUAAAGUCCAUCUCUAAAAAAAAGAAAUUUAAUGUAUGGGAGUUACGAGAAGCUUGCAAAAAAUUGGACAAGGUAAACGGUUAUUUCGUGUACUUAUGUAACGUUUUUAUUAUUAUUUUUAUACAUGUUCGUAUGAUUAUUAUAUUAUGUGUAAAAAAUGUAAAUGUCGUAUUUUUACCCAUUAAGAGGACGUUAUAUUCGCAUCUACUGUCUCAGUCCACUUAACGGGUCACAUACGAAAACAAUGCUUGCGCAGAAUAAGUAAAACUAGCUUUAUUUUGAUUAUAGAGUAAAAGUACCUAUUGUGAAAUUUACAGGGAACAUUAUUUUUGAGGGAAUGUCGUCGGUGUUUUUUGAACUAUGAACUAUUUAAAAAGUUACAGUUAUUUAAAAAGCAAAAAAAUUAAAGGUUUUUGUAGCUUUUAUAUUGAGCUGUAUAUUUUGAAUAAUAAAAAAAAACCCCACGACAUUCCCUCCAAAAUAUUGUUUUCUAUAAAUUUCAUAAUCGGUACUUUUACUCUAAAAUCAAAAUUAAGCUAGUUUUACUUAUUCUGCGUAAACAUUGUUUAUGUAUGUUAUUCGGUAGUUGGACUGAGAUAGUCCAAGACUGAGACAUAGUAGUAAACAAAAUUAUACACAUAUAUACUCGUAUAAUUUUUUUUUAUUUUGAUAAAAAGCUAUUUAGAUUUAGUUGAUUAUAUUGUUAUUGUACCUUGUUUUUUAUCUUCAUCUAGAUAAUUAUUCUAGCAAUUACCUCGUAUCUUUAUCUAAAUAUUCUAAAAUUUAUUUUUAUAUAACAUUAAUGACGAGUAACUCGUUUUGUAACACGACAAAAUAAGGCACGUUUGCACAUACUAAUCAUAGACUAUCUAAUACAAAACUCAUUUUUCGCCAUCAAUAUGGUACUUAUAUUAUAGGCAGGCACGGGAUGGCUGCCGUUAGAACAAAUGUACGAGAUCUGCUGUCAACGUCAAUUUGGACUGGAGAAGAAAAUGUUCAAUUUCGCGUUGAAAUUAAUACAUGCCGUUGACGAUAAUAACGUCCAGUACGAUUUAUUUGUCGAUUUGAUCGAUUGGAACGUACAGUUCUCCCCGUCUUGCGAAAAACGCGAUACCGCGUCGAAAACGGAAAACGAUAACAAAUUCGUUACGACCUACGAAAACGAAUACAAGAACAAAUUGUCUCAAAGCGUUAAAUUAAACAAAAGUACGUAUUUUUGGAGACACAGUUUAUUUUUAACACACACAGUGGGUUGCUGGGUGGCCCGUGGGUGUGAAGGUACUCAAUAUACAAUAUUAUGAGUUGUCUUUAAGUUUAAAUUGUUUUUUUCAAAAUGCGCUAAAAGGCAACUUAAAUACUUAAGUCACGAGACAUACGAAAUAAUACAUAAUCCAAUAUACGAUAUAUAUAUAAUAUAUCGCAUUGGAGGCGUACAGCGUGUGAUCUAUUGUCAAUUAAUGGGUGAAUAGUGGGAUAUCCGAUGGUACAAUUGCGUUUGAUUAUGUUGAACGUGAUAUUGUAAGGUUUUACUUUACCACUAUCUUACACAUAACUAGUAUAGAUAUAUACAUACAUUUGGUUCGACUGUGAAGAUUUAAAAUUCUCAUUGCUAUAUAUAUUUCAAACGUUACUAUUUGGCGAACAAUAUUAAUCAGAUAAGUUAAACGGGUUGUCGAUACAUUAAUAAAAAUUUACUACGCGUGUGUAUAUGAAAUCUCAAUAAGAAAAUCUAAAACAGUUUUUGCAUUUUUUUUCACAUCAAUCUAAUCUUUAAUUAUACUUAUAUCUAUGCGAUUGUUAUUUUUCCAGAGUACUAUUCUUAUGACCCUUUGGCAUACAAGAUGGACGCGCCUGAUCGAGAUUUUUUUUUCGGGCCAGAAUCAAACGUUAAAAUGUUACUGAACCCAUCGAUAUUUACACUCUACGGACUGACUCACAGAGAUUUCUACGAGGUAAUAUCGUCUUAUAACAAUAAUUAUAUUUAGUUUAAAAUAAUCGCUUUGUAUUUAUUAACGUAUCGUGUCGCCAGGAAUGGUCAAGACACAUCAAAAUAAAUACCUAUAUAGAUACUAAUAUAGAUACUCGAUACUAGUAUGGAAUUAUAUUUAAGAUAUAGGGUAGGGUGUUCCACGAAGAUGUACUCAUUACGAUAUCUCGGAAAGUAUUAUAUUUUUUUUUACAGAAAUCAAAAUGUAUUUAAACUAAAUAAUCGUACUAAAUACUAAUCUAUUUAUGGAAUUAUUAACAUCGGUUACCAUUUGAAAAUCAGAAGUAGGUAGUUGCUUGACCCCUAAAAAAUAAUGGUUAAAAAAAAAUCGGUAAUGUAAUAUUUUAGGUACCUAUGCUUGUUUCUUAUAUUGUCAACAAUUCCGAAAAAAUGUGUUACUUUCCAGACAUCACAAUGGGUAUAUUUUCUUGAUAUACCUGUAUACUGAAUACUGCAAGAUUAUUCGGCGUUUAUAUUUUAUAUAUUAUAUACUAUAUAGGGCCGUAGCAAACUCGUUAUGGAGAAGUUAUUUCGUGAUGUCGGGGUAAACUUACCGAGUAAAAUUUUCGACGUGGUAUGGGAUAAUGCGUAUCGGUGUGAUGGCGUUGAUGACAAAGUGAGCAUAGAAGUUUUUCGACAAGCGCUUCAAGAAUUAGCCGAAAGCAAAAUGGUCACGGACAAUCGUGAUUAA